AUAUUCGGUUAUGUAGAAGAAGAUAUUAAAAUUCCAGGUUUAGUUGACUCAUUGUCGGCAGAAGAAUUCACUUCCAAUUUAAACAAUUUAUCUGGAAAUUGGAAAGAAAGACACACAAAAGGAAAUGAUUUUUUGGAAUAUUUUGUUGAAUACAAAGCUGAUACAAUACGAAACAGCAUGAGUCCAGAACUGAGAAGUAUAUGUGGUCUAGGUUUCCCCCCAAAAACAUACACACAGAAUCCAAACGAAUGUAUAAAUAAAGUAAUAAAGGAAGAUUUAACGUCGAAAUGUGAUGCAUUUGAUUUUGCCAAGAAAAUGGAAGUAAAAGUGAAGCAGCAAGAAAAUGAAAUAAAACUUGCACUGAUUGGUAAGGGGGAAUAUACCUUGAAACCGGAAUACAGUCACUUAAAAAUAGAGGAAAAUCUUUAUUGGAGAAAAACGUCAACACAGAGAGAAGCAGUUUUUAAAAAACUGCUACAGGCUCCAUUAACCUCAAGAGUAUCCGGGGAUGAUACCAGGGAGAAGGAAAACAUACUGUCAAUGUCAGCAUCUGAUAGAGGUGUGUACCAGGAACAACAGCAGUCCUAUAGAGGACCAAAUGGAGUUUAA